AUGUGCAGGCAAGAGGAGCCCAUGAAAUUCGUAACCUGGGUCUGGACGACAUCGUGCAACAAAAUGAUUGGCGUGCUGCUGGUCUUUUUCCCUGCUCUGCUCCUGGAGAUGGACGUGCUGCCCAGGAGCGCCGGGCGGAAGGUGCUUCUCUCCGCAGCCUCCUCGCAGCGGUCGGUGGCUCGGAUGGACGGGGAUGUCAUCAUCGGGGCCCUCUUCUCUGUCCAUCACCAGCCGCCGGCUGAGAAAGUGCCCGAGAGGAAGUGCGGGGAAAUCCGGGAGCAAUACGGGAUCCAGAGAGUCGAAGCCAUGUUUCACACUUUGGAUAAAAUUAACGCCGACCCGGUCCUGCUACCUAACAUCACCCUGGGCAGCGAGAUCCGAGACUCCUGCUGGCACUCCUCGGUGGCCCUGGAGCAGAGCAUCGAGUUCAUACGGGACUCCCUCAUCUCCAUCAGGGACGACAGGGACGGAGGCACCCGCUGCGUUUCCGACUCGCAGCCCCAGCCCCAGACCAGACUGAAAAAGCCCAUCGCGGGGGUCAUCGGCCCCGGCUCCAGCUCGGUUGCUAUCCAAGUCCAAAAUCUGCUCCAGCUCUUCGACAUCCCCCAGAUCGCUUACUCCGCCACCAGCAUCGACCUGAGCGACAAAACGCUGUACAAAUACUUCCUCAGGGUGGUCCCCUCCGACACGCUGCAAGCCCGGGCCAUGCUCGACAUCGUCAAGCGCUACAACUGGACCUACGUCUCCGCCGUCCACACGGAAGGAAAUUAUGGGGAAAGUGGAAUGGAAGCCUUCAAAGAGCUGGCUGCCCAAGAGGGUCUCUGCAUUGCUCACUCUGACAAGAUCUACAGCAACGCUGGGGAAAAGAGCUUUGAUCGCCUGCUCCGCAAGCUGCGAGAAAGGUUACCCAAGGCUAGAGUGGUGGUUUGCUUCUGCGAGGGAAUGACAGUGAGGGGGAUCCUCAUCGCUAUGAGGCGCCUGGGAGUGCUUGGGGAGUUCCUGCUAAUUGGAAGUGAUGGUUGGGCAGACAGAGAUGAAGUCAUUGAAGGUUAUGAACCUGAAGCAAACGGAGGCAUCACUAUCAAACUGCAGUCUCCAGAGGUCUUGUCAUUUGAUGACUACUAUCUGAAGCUGCGUCUGGACACCAACACCCGCAACCCCUGGUUUCCUGAGUUCUGGCAGCACAGAUUUCAGUGCCGCAUCCCAGGGCACCCGCUAGAGAAUCUCAACUUCCAGAAGAACUGCACUGGUAACGAAAGUCUAGAAGAAAAUUAUGUGCAGGACAGUAAAAUGGGAUUUGUCAUCAAUGCUAUAUAUGCUAUGGCUCAUGGGCUACAAAAUAUGCAUCAUUCCCUUUGCCCUGGACAUGUUGGGCUGUGUGAUGCUAUGAAGCCAAUUGAUGGCAGCAAGCUCUUGGAGUUCCUCCUCAAAUCCACGUUCAUCGGUGUUUCUGGAGAAGAAGUUUGGUUUGACGAAAAGGGAGAUGCCCCUGGAAGGUAUGACAUCAUGAACCUGCAGUACAUAGAGCCCAAUCGCUACGACUACGUUCUCAUUGGGACCUGGCACGAGGGUGUGCUCAACAUCGACGACUACAGGAUUCAGAUGAACAAGAGCGGAAUGGUCCGAUCGGUGUGCAGCGAGCCUUGCUUGAAGGGCCAGAUUAAGGUGAUCAGGAAAGGAGAAGUGAGUUGCUGCUGGAUUUGCACUGCUUGCAAGGAAAAUGAAUUUGUUCAGGAUGAAUUCACAUGUAAAGCCUGUGAGCUUGGCUGGUGGCCGAACGCUGACCUGACAGGCUGUGAACCCAUCCCUGUAAAGUACCUCCAGUGGAGCAAUAUAGAGUCUAUUGUGGCUGUGGUCUUUUCCUGCCUGGGGAUCCUGGUCACCAUGUUUGUCACCCUUAUCUUUGUGCUCUACAGGGACACCCCUGUUGUCAAAUCCUCCAGCCGGGAGCUCUGCUACAUUAUCCUUGCUGGCAUCUUUCUGGGUUACGUCUGCCCUUUCACCCUUAUAGCUAAACCCACCACGACAUCCUGCUACCUCCAGCGCCUUCUGGUGGGUCUCUCCUCUGCCAUGUGCUAUUCUGCCCUUGUGACCAAAACCAACCGCAUUGCACGCAUCCUGGCAGGCAGCAAAAAGAAGAUCUGUACCCGCAAGCCACGUUUCAUGAGCGCAUGGGCCCAAGUGGUCAUUGCCUCCAUUUUGAUCAGCGUGCAGCUGACACUGGUGAUCACGCUGAUCAUCCUGGAGCCGCCGAUGCCCAUCCUCUCCUACCCCAGCAUUAAGGAAGUUUACCUUAUCUGCAACACCAGCAACCUAGGCGUUGUGGCUCCUGUGGGCUACAAUGGACUCCUCAUCAUGAGCUGCACGUACUAUGCCUUCAAGACUCGCAAUGUGCCUGCCAAUUUCAAUGAGGCCAAGUACAUUGCAUUCACCAUGUACACCACUUGUAUCAUCUGGCUGGCCUUUGUGCCCAUCUAUUUUGGGAGCAACUACAAGAUCAUCACCACCUGUUUUGCAGUGAGCCUGAGCGUGACAGUGGCGCUGGGGUGCAUGUUCACUCCUAAGAUGUACAUCAUCAUAGCCAAGCCUGAGAGGAACGUCCGCAGUGCCUUCACCACCUCAGAUGUGGUGCGUAUGCAUGUCGGGGAUGGCAAGGCACCUUGCAAGUCCAACACUUUCCUCAACAUAUUCCGGAGAAAGAAGCCAGGGGCCGGAAAUCCAAAUUCUAAUGGAAAGUCUGUGUCAUGGUCUGAACCAGGUGGAAGACAAGCUCCCAAGGGGGAACACAUGUGGCACAGACUCUCAGUGCAUGUGAAGAGCCAGGAGACAGGGUGCAAUCAGACAGCGGUGAUCAAACCCCUCACUAAAAGCUACCACGGCCAAAGCAAGAGCCUGACUUUUACUGACAUCAGCAGUAAGACUCUGUACAAUGUGGUAGAGGAAGAAGACAGAGAGCCUGUUCGCCUCAACCAGCCCGGCAGCCCCUCCAUGGUGGUGCACAGGCGGGUGGCGACGACCCCCCCGCUGCAGGCCACGGCGGAGGAGACCCACCUCUUCUUGCCAGAGCAGCCCCCCAAGACCCUGCCCCUGCAGCCGCUGUCUCUCAUGGAGCAGCUGCAAGGAGUGGUCAACAAGUUUGCCACUGGCAUCCCUGACUUCAACGCCGUCCUCCCCACGCCUGGUUCGGGGAAUGGUGUGCGGCCCCCCUACCCCCCCCCAGCGCAGCAGCCGCCCCUGCCGCCUCUCCAGGUGGCCGCCUUCAGCGAGGAGCCCCUGUCUCCCCCGGCCGAGGAAGCGGAGAGCGAGAAGCUGAAGCUCAUUCAGGGAUACGUCUAUGAGAAGAACCCAGAGGAGGAGGAGGACGAGGAGCCGGCAACCAGCAAACUGACUCUGGAAGACUCUCCGGCGCUGACACCCCCAUCCCCUUUCCGGGAUUCAGUGGCUUCGGGCAGCUCUGUGCCCAGCUCCCCCGUCUCGGAGUCAGUGCUCUGCACCCCCCCAGAUGUGACCUAUGCCUCUGUCAUCCUGAGGGAUUAUAAGCAAAGCUCGUCCACCCUGUAG